AUGAUAGAAGAGAAGCGAAUCAUAGGGUGGGAUGAACUAUCAAAUCACUGUAAUCGUACAUCCCUUUGGGUUGUGAUUGAGGGAUAAGUGUUUGAUGUAACAACAUAUUUGGCAGAACAUCCAGGAGGUGAUGAUAUUCUGCUUAAAUAUGGUGGAUUGGAUGGGACUUAGAAAUUUCUAGAGGUGAACCAUUCAAAUUAUGCUCGCUCCCUCAGAAAUGCUAGAUUAGUUGGAACCCUUACCUCAGAUCCAUAACCAAGUGAUUACAUAAAACAAGUGAAGUCUCAGAAACAAAAAGUAGGAAUCUAAUGAUCAACAUUUAGGCUAAUGUAAAUCCAAAUCGUUAAAUUUCAUGGGAAGAAUUAGCACUACAUAAUAAAAAGGAAGACCUAUGGAUUGCUAUAGAAGGGAAAGUGUACGAUGUUACAGAUUUUCAGGAUGAACAUCCAGGUGGUCCUGCAAUAUUGCUGGGAAAAGCUGGCGAUGAUGCCACUUCUGUAUUCCAUGAUGCAAACCAUUCUCAGAGUGCUUACAAAUAAUUAGAAAAAUUAUAAGUGGGUGUGAUAACAGGUAUACAUACUUAAGUAUAUGGAAGGAGUAAAACCAAAUGUGAGCGGAAGUGGAACAAGCACAAAUUUAAUAUUUUUUAUUCUUUUGAUUUUGGCUAUUGGCGCAGGAAUAUAUGCAAUUACAAAAUGAAUGUGU